AAAAAUGUAAUUAGUUAAUAAUUUAAAAGAAAAGCAUUAUAAUUUAUUAAAUAAUAAUUUGUUUUUAAUUCUUUAUUUAGUGUUAGCUAGUGCAAUUUAGUUAAGUUAACGUAAACCUCUUUCCACCAAUUCAAUAACUAUGGCUAACCCAACAAUACACACAUACAUAUAUAUCUAUAUAUAUAUAUAUAUAUAUCUUUUUGGCAUCGUUAACCAACACUAAUAUCAAAUAUGCCGCAAGGCCUCAAACUAAGCGAAAUAAAGGCAAACGUUAAUAAUGUCAUUGAGAAUUUACAAUUAUUGGAAGCUGCAAGCAAUGCGUCUCUAAACGAUUUCAAUUUGGAGCAAUCUCGCGAAUUGGAAAGACAAACCACAAGUUUAUUAGCGCAACUAUCAGAAAUACCAUGCGAAAAACUUGCUCGGACUCAACUGCAGCGUAAACAAAGACGCCAAAGGACCAAAAAGAAGGCCAAAUUGCAAUUUAAGCUCAAUAGAUCUAUUUCUAAGUCAGCUAAAGUAUCCGCAUCACUACCCACAAUAAAUGCCGCUGAUGAGGAAAAAUUGGGAGCUCCAAAGCAAGCCGAACACAUAACGCUCAAAAAACAUUAUGAUUCGUCCAACAUUCUGUACACAUUAGACUUGUUGGAGAGAUUGUACAAGGCGCGUGGCGGCAAAGGCAACUUGAGUGAAAAAAUGGCCAGAAUGCGAACAGUUUGGCGGCGUGUGCAGCAGGAGAGCAUUAAUGCGAUCAAUCAAGAAAUGCCCACCAACUGCGAGGCGCAAUGGUCUAAAGCUAUUUUUGGAAUCUCUUCUGUACCUUUAAAACAGGGAUCAUUAAAAGGCCUUCGCAAAACACAAAAUCAAAAAUUUGUGGAACGGCGUGCAAUUUGGGAUUCGUAUAUAAGUUCCGGUAAAGUCGGCAGUAGCAUACCACACGGAUGGGUAUUGCCUAGAGAAACGCCAUCAGCUGAAUGGGCCAAAUAUAUUUGCGAAUAAAACAUGAACACAUAUGAAUAU